AACAACAACAGCUGCUCCUAAAUUAAAUUCUAUUAUUAAGGAAAUAUGAGGCUACGACUUUUGCUGGCAUUGAUCGCGUGCUUUGCUGGUUCUCUGGCAUACAGGCCGGUGGUGAUACUCCAUGGCAUACUGUCUGGUGCGGAUUCCAUGGACUUUUUGGAGCGGGAAAUCGAAGAGCUGCAUCGGGGCACAAUAGUCUACAAUUGCGACAAAUUCAGCGGCUGGUACAGCCUGGAGAACGCCUGGCGUCAGGUCGAGCAAAUUCGGGAUUACUUGAGCGAUGUCGGAAAACAGCACCCGGAAGGCAUCAAUGUGUUGGGCUACUCGCAGGGCGGCCUCUUGGCACGCGCGGCCAUCCAAAGUCUGCCCGAUCACAAUGUAAAAACCUUUAUUUCGCUGUCUUCGCCGCAAGCGGGACAAUACGGAACCAGCUUCCUGCAUUUGAUAUUCCCCGAUCUGGCGGCAAAGACCGCCUUUGAGCUCUUCUACUCGACGGUGGGGCAGCACACAUCGGUGGGCGGCUACUGGAAUGACCCGCAUAAGCAGUCGCUGUACAUGAAGUACAGCGAAUUCUUGCCGCUGAUCAACAACGAGAAGCAGACCUCCAACUCCACCUCCUUCAAGAUGGGCAUGGUGCGUCUCAGCAAGCUGGUGAUGAUCGGCGGCCCCAACGAUGAUGUGAUAACGCCCUGGCAGUCGAGUCACUUUGGCUACUACGACGAGGACCAAGAGGUGAUUCCGUUCAACAAGCGAAAGAUUUUCACGGACGACUCCAUCGGCAUUAGGACGCUGCAGGAGGCCGGCAAACUUUUAAUCAUAAUCAAACCACAUGUUCAUCAUUUAGGCUGGCACACAAACAGAGCGGUGAUACAUCAAGUUAUCUUGCCAUAUCUGGACUGAGAAUGAGGACAAACCAACUGAACUGAAGCGACGGAAGGGCUGUGAUCGGAAUGAAUCAAAUAAGCAAUAAUGUGACGUUGCCAUUAUACUCUCUACACACUUACAGGGGGCACACAAUGAUCUUUCAUAGACAAUUUAGCAAUAGAAGAAUAUUUACAAAGAUUUAUUUACGAUCCUACUUGGGAGAUUUAUGCAAAUUUAUUAAAUUUACAUAUGUAUGUAUGUAGCUAUACAAUUA